GUUACUCAAAAAUACCACAGUCGAUUCAUCCUAAACCUUCCCGAGGCAGAACUGGCUUCACUAGAGCGGGUAUGUUUCCAGGUGGAACAGGCACAUUGGUACUACGAAGAUUUCGUCCGAGAACAAGAUCCGUCCCUCCCUACGAUGACUCUCAAGAAAUUCUCACACAGUCUCUUCCACGUUUGCCCUCUUCUCAGCCACUGGGGUGACGACCAUGAGCAGACAUUUCAAAACUUCAUGGCAUAUAAGACCCGAGUUCCUGUAUGUGGUGCGAUAAUGCUAAAUGAGACAUGGGACAAGUGUCUGCUCGUGAAGGGUUGGAAAUCUACCUCCGCAUGGAGCUUCCCGAAAGGCAAGAUCAAUGAACAAGAACCGAGGCAUCGAUGUGCAGUGCGCGAAGUGUUGGAAGAGACGGGCUAUGACUUAAGCGAACAGAUUAACCCUGCGGACGUUGUAGAGCUGUCGAUUCGAGACCAAUCAUUGUCACUGUACAUCGUGUCCAACGUACCCGAAGAGUACCCCUUUGCCACUCGAACACGCAAGGAGAUCAGUAAAAUCGCUUGGUUCAAGCUCCAAGAUCUCCCAACGUGGAAGCGUAACAAGUCUGUUCCUGGGAAGUUCUAUCUCAUCACGCCUUUCAUCGGGUGCGUCCGCUAUCUCCUGUGA